AGUUUGGACGCGUCCAAUCUCGGAUCCGACAUUCGCCUAGGCCAAUCUUAGAUUGGACGUAAUCUCAGUUUGGACGCUGACAUAUAUAUGACAGAUAAACUGAUAUUCCCUUUUUAUUAGCACACUUUUCUGUUCUUUUGAAAAUGUUUUUCUCUUGGAUGUGAGUCUUCAGUUUAAAAUGUUUCGUGAAAAAGUCAUUUAAUUGAUAUGAAUUUAAGUUUAAAUAAAAUUGAAAAGGAUCUUUGUAUUCGUCUUGUUGAAUUAAAAUGUCAAAGUAAUAUUAUUCAACAAAUUCGUUCAAAUCAACAAAAUCAUUUAAUUUCAUUAAAUGAAAAAUUUCAACGAUGAGUAAGUUAUAUAGAAAAAAAAACUUUUUGUUUCUAAUAAAAUAAAUAAAAAAUAAUUUUUAGGAAAAAUUAAUUGAUAUACUUGAAACAAAAGAAAAUUUAACAAUUGAUUCGAAAGAAUUAUUAAUAAUAUUAAAUAAUUUUCAUAAUGAUCGAAUUAUAAUUAAAAAUUCUCUUAAUAAACAUCAAGUUCAACGUGAAAUGUUAUGUUUAAGAAAAGGUUGUGAAGCAUAUAGAGAAAUAGCUAAACAUUUAUCACAACUCUAUAUAUUAUUAAGAGAUUCUAAUAUUGAGUUAAAAAUUUCAAUAAAAUGGUUUAUGCAAAUUGAUUUUAUUUUAUCAUCAAUUGAUGAUAAAAUUUGGCUUAUUUGUAAUCCUUCAUAUGCAUCUAAAGUAUCGCGUAAGUUUUGACAUAAAACAUUUUUUAGAAAUUAAUUUCGAUUUAUUUUAUUGAAAGUAUGGUUAAUUCAACGGUGUUUACAAGUUUAUUGAAGCCAUUCAACGUAAUCAUCUCUUCAUCUUCGUUUUACAACAAAAACUUUUAUCAAAAAAAAUUUACAAAUUUAUAAAAAUAAAUUGAACAAAUUCUUAAGAUUCAUAGUUAUCUUAUCAUAAAAAAGUUUUUUUUUCAAAUAAUUCAAUGAAGUAAUUUCUAUUUAAAUAUGUUUGUUUUUAAAUGUUUUUUCGUUUUUGUUUUUAAUUAAAUAGUUUUUAUUGAAAAUGACUUUUAUAUUGAUUUAAAAUAUUGUUUUUUGAUACAAAUCAAAUGAAUAUGAUUGAUUAUAGAAAUUAUAUUCAAUAUGAAAAUGAACAAAUAUUGAUUAAUUAUAUAAAACCAGUAAAUUAUAUUUUAUUUCUGAUUUGGGGGUGGGUGUGGGUGUGGGUAUGGGUGGGUGUGAGGUGUGGGUGUUGGAUUUGGGUGUGUGGGUGUGGGUGUGGCAUACAAUGGGCUAUUUAAUUUCAGUCUGAAUUUAUCAAAUAAAAAUAAUACUUGAUUUCAAACUGAAACGUGAGUCUAGGAGUGAGGGGAGGGGGUGACUGAGGGUGUGGGUGUUGGUCUGGGACCCACACACACACCCACACCCAUGGUGCGGGUGUGGGCGCGCGAGUGAGGGUGAGGGUGUGCUUGUGAUUUUGUGUACUAUAGGCUUUAGUCCCCUGCACAGGGGACUAAGCGGGGACUAAGCUUUUUGUGGGGGGAACUAAGGGGGACUUUGCAGGACUAGGGGGAACUAAGGGUUUUUAGUGAGACUACGUAGUAUCAAGCGAGAAAAGUUUGAUUCGGAAGAAAUUGGUGUGGUUUUUUUGAUUUUAGAAUUCAGUUUGAAAUAAAAAAGCCCAUAGACUCGGGUGUGGGGUGUGGGUGUGGGUGUGGGUGUGGAUGUGGGUGUGGGUGUGGGUGUGGGUAUGGGUGGGUGUGAGUGAGUGUGGGUAUGGGUGUGGGUGCGGGAGGUUCUUCUCCGCUUCACUCACAGACACCCACACCCACACCCCACACCCACACCCCACACCCACACACCACCCACCCCCCCCCCCCCACACCCACACCCCACCCCCAGUCACACCCCACACCCUCAGUGUAAGGUCGAGUAAUCAUGAAUUUGUUUUUGAAUAGUAAAAUAAGUUAGAAGUAAAGUUGGUAUUUUAUCAUUCAAAUAUGAAUAAGUUCAAGAUCGGAGUCAUUACAAUCACCUCUAAGAAUCGUAUUUAAUACCCUAACAAUAAAGAAAGACAUCAUAAUUUUUUUUAAAUAAUCUUUAAAAUAAAAAAAAAGUUCAGCUGUAGCUUAUAUCAGGAUAUAUUGUUAUUGUUGUUCUAUAGCUAGAAUACUCUUGUUUUUGAGAAUGCCUUGAAUAUUUUAUUGCUGAUAUAUAAUUAUUUUUGUCUAUUCAGUAACUUUUUAACGGUUAAAUGCCCUCAAAUACAACUCAUUAUAAACAUGAAAGAAUUUUUAAUUGGAUACAUAGAAAUCUUCAUCAGACAACUUUUAUCUGCCAUGUUCAAUGAAAGUAUCAAAGAGAAAAUUAAUUUGAAGAAGACAAAAUAUUAUUUGCAUUCAACUGAGAAAAAGAAAACACCAGGAAAGUCAGAAGAAUAUGUCAUUAUGAAAAUAAUACUAUUAAGAAAUGUAAAGAAUCAGUUACAAAUAACAGUAAGAUAGAAAAACAAAUAUUGAAAAAUCUUCGUUUCAAUUGGCUCGAACAAGCUGAGAUUUUCAUAAAUUGCAAAUAGAUUUGUUAACACUCUUCAUUUUUCAUACUUAAAUAUCUAUGAAAAUUUGGAUAUUAGAGUUCACAAUACAAAUAAAUUACAAAACAAUUCACAAUUUUCAUUAUCCACAUUCCUUAUAUUGAUACAUGUAUACGUAGACAUCUGUUUUUACAUUGACAUACACAUGCAUGUGUUUAUAUAUAUAUAUAUGCUCCAUUCCAAAGGAGAGAACAAGACAUUCUAGCGUCUGUUACGGUCUCGCGACAAUCAUAUCAAGAGGAACGUAUUGUUAGUUGUGUCGCAAUAUCCACACUGAGUCCCUGCUAGAUAAUAAUAAACUUAUUAUAAUUAUACACACACAUUUCUGCAAAUAAAUAUAUAUAUAUAUAAUGCUGAAUUUUUCAAUUAUUUUGUAAUUCAUUUGCAUCACUGAGUGGGAUAUGAAUAACUUCUAAGUAUUACCUAAGGUAACAAUCAGAAAAAAGAAUCUAAAACAAAUUAUAAACAAGCACAUAGCAACAUUCUCAAUAUGAUGUAAUGAUAAUUAUACUAUUAUUGUCGUUUGUCUUCGUUCUGUUCUACCUUAUCUAUUUCUUUCGUACGUCUUGAUUCACACAGAUCAUUAUAAACAUGUGU